UCAUCCACCUAAUUAAAUAAAUGAAACAAAGUACAAUAUGUGUCAGGAGUCAGGACAUAAUUAAUUCACCCGAACCACCCCCCAGUAAACCUGUGAAGGGCUGAAGGCUUAUUUCUUCUCGAGAAACAAGAAGGCACACAUUUGCUUCGUUUCAAAUAUGGAAAACGCUUCUAAAGUUACAAAGUUAGAUUAUAAAAUCCUUUUCAUGCGCCGCUAGGUGUCACUACACUGCUAAUUAGCCACCUUUAGUCACUUGCCAAUUUCUUCUUCAUCACCUGGUUCUUUAUAGUACUAUAGAAAACCCUAACCCUGCCCAAAUCCUGGAAACACUAAACCCAGUCUUUGUUCUAAAGCAAUGGAUUCCCUAAAGAAAAAGGGGAAGAUGACUCCCAUCUUUACCACUCCUAAAACCAGCGAUCUUGACAAAAUGGUUUUGGAGCAGACAUGCAGCAAUCCAUUUUGUUUCUUUUGUAUCAUGAAAGAGCCAGACCCAUCUCUCAGAAGAGCUGGAAUAGCAAGUUGUUUCAAGGAAAUGCCUCUCAUCGGCGAUGACCAACAACAUGUUUUGGUGCUGAGUGGCCUUUGGAAUAUUGCCAUGACGCAGCCAGAUGAUCCUGAGUUCCCAUCCCUUGGCAUCUUUGACUGCAUGGCAAGUUUCAUAGACAAAGGAAUCAAUGAUAGAUGCUGGCUUCUUAGGGACCAGAACAUCUACAUUCCCUACUAUGCUGCUCAUGUUAUUGGUUCUUAUACUAUGAACAAGGUUGAGUUUGCGGAGAAAGCUGUCCUGGCAGGUGUGAUACCUCCAUUAAUGGAGCUUCUAAGGGGAAAGAUAAGUUGGGUUGAACAAAGAGUUGCGGUUCGAGCUCUUGGUCACCUUGCCAGCUAUGAGAGAACCUUUGAAGCAGUAGCCGCUUAUGAAGAGGAGGUAGUGCGAUUAGGCAUGCACUUAGCUUCCACUUGCCUGGAUGAAGUGUAUGUUAAGUUUGUAGGUGUGAAGGAUAAAAGUAAGAGAUCAAAAUAUCACUGUGACUUGCUUACAAGAGGAGUUGGUGGUUUGGAAAUGGAAAACCGGAAGGCUGAAGAAUGGGCUAGCCAGCUUCAGUGCUGGUCUCUCUAUCUUCUCAACUGCUUUGCUUGCAAAGAGAGAUCUCUGAAUCUUAUUUGUAAGCAAGAGUUUUUGACAAAAUUGUCUGGAAUGUGGGGUGGAUUGAUAAAUCACUCAUCACCAGCUGGGGUGGGACUGAUUAGAAUUUUGUGCUACAGUAAAUAUGGAAGAAAAAGCAUCUCUGAAUCUAAGGAUGUCUUAGAGAAUCUAUGUCAUCUCUCGAGAUCAUCAGAUGAUUGGCAGUACAUGGCCAUUGAUUGUCUUCUAUUGCUUCUCAAUGACCCAGAUACGAGGUACAAGGUUAUUGAAAUUGCCACCAUGUUUCUUAUCGAUUUGGUUGAACUCAAAAGCCUGGGAGACAGAUCAAGAUUAGGUGAAACAAUCACAAAAGCCCUCCUCUUAGAUUAUAAACAAAGCAAAUUUAGAAUCAAGAACAGCCAAGUUCAAAAGGGUUUACAGGAAACAUGGGAGUUGAAGGUAGAAAGGAGAAAGAGAGAAAAAGUUAUGUCCGAGGAAAAAGUUGAAGAAAGAAGGGUCCUAGGAAACCUGAUUAAGCAACAAGCAAACCAUAUGUUCUGGUUGGGAGAUGUAGAAGCAGCUGUAAAGAGCUACACCGAAGCAUUAGAUGCAUGCCCUUUGAAGCUUAGAAAAGAGAGAAUGGUUCUCUACAGUAAUCGAGCUCAGUGUUAUUUGAUGCUUAGAGACCCUGACGCUGCCAUCAGAGACUCGACUCGAGCUCUUUGUCUCUCCAAUCCUGCAAAUUCUCAUGGUAAAAGUUUGUGGAGACGAUCGCAGGCUUAUGACAUGAAAGGGUUGGCUAAAGAGAGCUUGAUGGACUGUAUAAUGUUCAUCAAUGGCUGCAUCAACUCAGAGACUAGCAAGCGUUUGAAGAUUCCAUAUAAUGCAGCUCGUAUGAUCAGCAAACACAUGGAUGCCACAUGGCUCUUUGCCAAUGCCCAAUCGAAGGCCACGAUCAGUCAUCUGCGAGCAGUACAAGAAUCAGACGAUGAUUAUGAGAUAAGUAGCAACGAAGACCAAGAAUGUGAUGAAAUGAUGAGGAUGAUGAUGGAGAAGAAAAGUAUGGCAUCCGGGCUGUCCACCAUAAUUGAAGAACCUUUGAUUGUAAAGGAAAGAAGCUGGAAAGAAACGAAAAGGGCAAGAAGAAGAAACAAAGCUGUUGUGGCUCGAUCUAUGUAAAGCCAAAUAAAGAUCACUACAUGUUGAAGUAAUGAUGCCUUUGUUUGGGCAUCAAGUUUUCCAUAUAUGGUUCAUUAAUCUCAAAUUCUCCAUGACAUUGCGGAUUGUUUGUGAUUCAAAUUAAAAAAUUAUCAUGGAGAAAUAUUUUGGCUGUUUUGA